AUGAGUGAAAUGAGUGUGAAAUCUGACACCCCUCCAUUUACUCAAGAAAUUCCAGUUCCUGCUGGAAUCCAUGUCCCUCCCAAUGCCUUGCGACUCGUCCGCCAGGUUGAUGGGAUCUCUCCUUCGUUCCCCACCAACCCCUAUCGCUUUGCCAUUCCGGGGCAUACUCCUGAAGAUGCACAACAGUUUGUUUGUGCAAUGGGGGCGACCAUCCGGUGGACACUUCAAAAGGGCACCGACAACACCCUGAAACUGAAAGACACACCAAAGGGUCGUGGUCGUCGGCCGGAGUUCUCCUUCAAACUGGAGUAUAAAUGUCCUCGUGGUGGACACCUUGACCGGGCCCCCAACUCACGAAAGCAUCAUCCAUCACGCAAAUGUGGAUGCUUGGCCAAGUUCGUAAUUACCCACGACAUCAAAACCAACACUCUCCGGGUUGUAUGGUCUUGGAACCACAACCAUGAUCCUUACUCCUACGAGGACAUGAAGCGUUGUCAAACACCUGAAAAUGUAGACCGAUGGCUCAACCGAACUUAA